AUGUCUGCUUUAAACGCUCCUACCAAUGUCAGUUUUGCCUUGGGUCAAUCUGUUCCCCAACAUUUCAAGGCCUUCACCAACUACAUGAACCAACAAGCCAAGAUGCACGCUGAUAAAGUGUUUGCUCGUUACUAUUCCAAUGGUGAAUACAAAGCCAUGACUUACGCUGAUAUUGACCGCCUUGCGAUCAAUCUCGCCUGCAAGUGGAGCAAAGAUGCCAAGGAUAUUGAGGUUGUCUCUUUCAUCAGUGAUCACUCGUUGAAUUACAUGAUUGUUAUGCUGGCUAUUAUGAAGUUGCGUAUUACCAUGCUCGCUAUCUCUCCUCGUAACUCGGAAGCUGCCGAUGUCAACUUAUUGGAAAAGACUCAAUCUAAGCUUCUCAUUGCUAAUGUCAAGUAUGAAUCUAUUGCCAAGGCUGCUGUUUCUCAGGUUCCAGGUGUCAAGCUCAUUGUCAUCCCUCCUCUUGAUAUUGAGGCUUUACUCAAAGAACCCAUUAAUCCCAGCUAUCAGCAAAUCCUGGACCUUGAAUUUUCCGAUGAGGACAUCUUGAAGCCUGCUUUGAUCAUUCAUAGCUCCGGCUCCACUGCUUUCCCCAAGCCAAUUUAUCUCAGUAAUCGCUACCUCUUCAACGUCAUGAGCUGCUUCGAGAUUUUAGUCAACUCCAAGGACCAUUUGGAAAGCUUGACUGAGAAAGAUGUUGCACUUCCCUCAGUGCCUCUUUUCCACAUCUUUGGUUUCUUUGUCCAUUUCUCUGUCACAGCAUUUGGUGGCAGCUGCGUCUUUUUGGAAAAGCUUCCUCCUUCUCAAACUGAAAUCACCAAGGCUUUGGUAACCAACAAUGUCACCAUCAUGGCUGCUCCUCCUCUCAUUCUCGAGCAAAUGAUCCCUUAUCUUGAAGAAACAAAGGACCUUUCUGCUAUUCAGCAUCUCAAGUAUGUUAUCUUUGGAGGAGCACCCAUGAAACACGCUUCUGGGGAAUGGUUCCACGCUCGUGGUGUCAAUGUUCGUGAUAUGUACGGAACCACUGAGAUUGGUGCUAUCAUGACCUCUGAUUUGGACCCCAACAGCAAGAACUGGGGUUCCCUUCGCCUCUUCCAUUGCGACCCCCAAGGCCAUCCUUAUGGUACUUUUGAAAUCAAUGAUCAAAGCGAACCCAACGUAAAGCAUCUCUACAUCCAUGCUGAUAGUCCUACCUUGGCUAAUAACGUUGCCAAUCGUGCUGAUGGUGGCUACGAUACUCAAGAUUUAUUCAUUGAAAACCCCAACUUCCCUGGCUAUUACACUUACUUGGGUCGCCGCGACGACACUUUGAUUAUGGAGAAUGGUGAAAAGACAAAUCCUGUUCCUAUGGAAGCUACUAUCCGUCAAAACCCUAUGAUCGAACAAGUUGCUGUUCUCGGUCACGGCCGUCAAUGUACUGCUGCUUUGAUUCAAUUGGACAGAGAAUUUGCUGAACGUUUUGGUCCUGAAGAAAUCAUUGCUACUGUCCACGCUGCUGUCAAGGAAGCCAAUCUUGAAUGUCCUGGUCAUAGUAAGAUUCUCCCUCAAAUGGUCAAGAUUUUGCCAUUCAACAAGGUAUUACCUUCUACUGACAAGGGCACUGUCAUGCGUAAGAAGGCUGAAUCCACCUAUCAAGAUGUGGUUGAGAAGCUCUACAAGGAUUUCUUGGAAGGCCCCGCUUCUCAUACAAAGACCAACGCUGGCGAUGAUACUUCUGUCUGGACUCCUGAACAAACUGAAAACUUUUUGAUCACUUGUGCUGCUGAAGUUUUGGAUGUGCCUCAAACUACUUUUAAGGAUCGCACCCAAUCCAUCUUUGACUUUGGUCUUAACUCUCUCUCUGCUAUUCAGCUUCGUAACCGUAUCGCUGAAUACUUUGACGAUGUGUCACAGAGUUUCUUGUUCCAGCAUCCUAGCAUCAUCAGUAUGCGCGAAGCUCUCAUGAGCGGCCAAGAAGAUCCCUCUACUCAAAUAGAAAGACAAUACCAACGCACUCAAAAAUUAGCUGAAUCCUACAUCAAGAUGGCCAAGAGAGACUUUCCUCGUGCUCGUAACUCUUACGACCAAAACAAGAGCAAGGUUAUUCUCUUGACUGGUGUCACUGGCUCUCUUGGCUCCUUCAUGUUGCGUGAUUUGUUGCAAGAUCCAACUGUUGAUAAGGUCUACUGUUGCAUUCGUGGCAAAGACAGCCAAUUGAGAGAUCGUCUCGUGGAAGCCUUUGAAUCUCGUUCUCUUGAUACCUCUCUUCUAAACACGAAUCGCGUCGAGGUCUUGCCUAUGCGUUUCAGUGAGCCUUUCCUAGGUUUAACUGAGGAGCGUUACUAUCAACUCAAGCAAGAAGUUACCAUUGUCCAACACUGUGCCUGGUUGCUCAACUUUAACAUGCCUGUGGACCACUUUGACAAGGAAUGCAUCCAGCCCUUCUACAACCUGCUGAAGUUUGCCUACAAGGAGGUUAACCCUAUGCAUGUCCACUUUAUCUCAAGUAUCUCUGCUAGUGCUGCUGUUGGGGCAGAAAUUCUGGAAGAACCUUUGCCUUUAGAUCCUCAUGUGGGUAUGCCGAUGGGCUACGCCCACAGCAAGUUUAUCGUUGAGAUCCUCUUCAACUAUUUGGCUACCGAGAAGGAAUUUCCCUGCUACAUUGAACGUCUUGGCCAGGUCUGCGGUGACUCCGAGAACGGCGUCUGGAAUGUCUCUGAACAAUAUCCUCUUAUGUUUGUUGGUGGCGGUUCCAUGAUGCACAAGAUGCCCAACUUGGAUACUGUCAUCGAUUGGAUUACCGUCGACUAUGCUGCCGCUUCUAUUGCUGAUAUCAUGCUUCGCACGGCCAACCUUCCUGCCAACCCUGAACAAUCCAUCUAUCACAUUGUGAAUCCUAAACUUGUCAAGUGGUCCGACAUUCUUACUGCCAUGAAGAAGAACGGUAUGGAGUUUGACAUUGUUGAACCUGCUGAAUGGGUCGAGGAGCUUGCCAAGGACGAUACCAACCCUGCCUUCCGUCUCAUGUCCUUCUAUGAGGGCAACUUCAAGGAGAACUUCAAGAUGCCUGUCUGGAAGACUGAAAAGACCAGCGCCAUGACUCCCAUCAUUGCCAAAUCUCCUGUUCUUGAUGCCGACUUGUUUGGCAAGUUUUUGGCUCGCUGGCAAUCAGUUGGGUUUUAUAACCCUGCCAACUAG